UAUAAUAAAAGCAUAUUAUGUGAACAACAUACCAGUCAAACUUGGUGCGUUGUAUGUUAGUCGUCGUGAAAAUGGAGGUGUCGUUGAAUAUCAGCUAUGCCAGUUCGAAUCAAAGUUCUCCUCUCAUUGGACUUACUUUGCAUCAGCUGCUUGAGAAGAGGGUUAAUGAACACCCAGAUCGUGAAAUGUAUGUCUUUCCCGAGGAUGGCGAGAGAAUCACAUUCAAAGCUUUUAAAGAUCGGGUUGAAAAACUGGCUGCUGGACUGUUAUCCAUUGGGAUAAAGAAAGGCGACCGACUGGCAUUGUGGGGCAACAUCCAUAUGGAAACCCUACUGUUUGUUGCUGCAGCAAGAUCCAUCGGCGUUAUUACAGUACGCAUUUUGCCGGCUUUCCCAAAUACCAGCGUGAAAGAUAUUUUGCUUCAAACGGGUUGUAAAGUGAUUGUAUUAGGAAGGACCCCCAAUAACCUGUUUGAUAGAUUAGAAGACAUCAGGACAAGUGCUGAAGGUGUAACGAAGUAAGCUAUUGACAAUAAUAUUUUCAAUGCAGAAACGUACAUAGGGCAUAGGCCUACUUAAACUACACACGCAUACUCACAUACCUCUCCACAUCGCAUUUGUUACAUCAAGGCUGGAUUACUGCAAUAGUUUACUGUUU